UGAGGGGGUGACUAUCGAUAGGCCAGAGGCAUCGAUUUGCUCACAUUUCUUGGGUGUUUUAGCGUGAAAAAACGCCUAAAUAAACGAAUCGGCAGCGUGUCAGGCCAGAAAGUGCAACCAACCGAUCGCCGUUCGCGUCGCAGUUGAAGAUUGGAGCCGCCGACGUCGUCAAAGGCGCCGAAAAAUCGUCGGAGCAGCCGCCAGCCGUCGCAGCAAAGUGUUUACUAGGCUAGGGGUUUAGCGGAGGGGGAGUGCGAUUGUGUGUGUGUGUGCGAGCGAGCGUGUGUAUGUCUGCGCCAGUGAGUGGGCAGAGGCAGCGGCAGUGGCAGAGGAGCAGCAGCGGAUGUAGCUCGUUGCCCGGAACCCGCAUUGGAUACCACGAAAAGCGAACGUAGACUCACGCAGUCCAACUUGUAGGCGCAAAGGAAAUAAACACUGGAAACCGAAGACGAGGCCUUCUGGAACUGGAACUGCAGCAGAAAAGCUCAAGACCCGCAGCCGCGUCGGUGACCGCACCCUAAUGUCAAAUAGCCAAGCGAAUGCCGGCAACAGCGGUAGCGCGGUAGCGGAGGAACCGACCCUUCAUCAGCCCCCUUCGGCGGCCGUCCCUGCGAAUGCAUCCUGCCCAGCAGCGACGCCAACGGCGCAGUCGGCGCAGCAGCAGGCGCCGCAGUCGCAGUCGACGCAGCAGCAGGCGCCCCCGCACAUAGUUGGUGCCUCAACAGCUGAUGCAGGGACCGGCGUUGCAGUCGGCGUUGGCGUUGGCGUCGGCAGCGAGGGCGUCAAUCUGGACUCGUCGCCCCGCGAAUCCGGCGACGAUUCAGAGGACGAGAGCGAAAUUCUUGAGGAGUCGCCAUGCGGGCGCUGGCUGAAGCGGCGCGAGGAGGUCGACCAGCGCGAUGUGCCCGGAAUCGACUGCGUCCAUUUGGCUAUGGACACCGAGGAGGGCGUCGAGGUCGUGUGGAACGAGGUGCAAUAUGCCAGCCUGCAGGAACUGAAGUCGCAGGAGGAGAAGAUGCGGCAGGUGUUCGACAACCUGCUGCAGCUGGACCACCAGAACAUCGUCAAGUUCCAUCGCUACUGGACGGAUACGCAGCAUGCGGAGCGGCCCCGGGUGGUGUUCAUCACCGAGUACAUGUCGAGCGGGUCGCUGAAACAGUUCCUCAAGCGCACCAAGCGCAACGCCAAGCGGCUGCCGCUGGAGUCAUGGCGCCGCUGGUGCACCCAGAUCCUGUCCGCGCUCAGCUAUUUGCAUUCCUGCUCGCCGCCCAUCAUCCACGGCAACUUAACCUGUGAUAGCAUCUUCAUCCAGCACAAUGGCCUGGUCAAGAUUGGCUCAGUGGUACCAGACGCGGUCCACUACAGCGUCCGGCGGGGCCGGGAGCGAGAGCGGGAACGCGAGCGGGGCGCCCACUACUUCCAAGCGCCGGAGUACGGCGCCGCCGAUCAGCUGACCGCCGCCCUUGACAUUUACGCCUUCGGGAUGUGCGCCUUGGAGAUGGCCGCCCUGGAGAUCCAGCCCAGCAACAGCGAAUCGACUGCCAUCAACGAGGAGACCAUCCAGCGCACAAUCUUCAGCCUGGAGAACGAUCUGCAGCGCGACCUGAUACGAAAGUGUCUCAAUCCGCAGCCGCAGGACCGGCCCAGCGCCAACGAUCUGCUCUUUCACCCACUGCUUUUCGAGGUGCACUCCCUCAAGCUGCUGACUGCUCACUGUUUGGUCUUCUCGCCUGCCAACCGGACUAUGUUCUCGGAAACCGCAUUCGACGGGCUGAUGCAGCGUUACUACCAGCCGGACGUGGUUAUGGCCCAGUUACGACUGGCCGGCGGACAGGAACGACAGUAUCGGUUGGCGGACGUCUCGGGCGCAGACAAACUGGAGAAGUUUGUCGAGGACGUCAAGUACGGUGUGUAUCCGCUUAUAACGUACAGCGGCAAGAAGCCGCCCAAUUUCCGCUCGCGGGCCGCCUCCCCGGAGCGAGCUGACUCCGUGAAAUCGGCCACGCCGGAGCCGGUGGACACGGAGUCGCGGCGCAUUGUUAACAUGAUGUGCAGCGUAAAAAUCAAGGAGGACAGCAAUGACAUAACCAUGACAAUACUGCUGCGCAUGGACGACAAAAUGAACCGCCAGCUGACAUGUCAGGUAAACGAGAACGAUACCGCGGCGGAUCUGACCAGCGAACUGGUGCGCCUGGGCUUCGUCCACCUCGAUGACCAGGACAAGAUCCAGGUGCUGCUAGAGGAGACGCUCAAGGCGGGCGUUAUGAGCGACGGCGCCGGUGCCGAGAGCUCUGGUGCGGGGGUGACCACCACGGCGACCAUGGCAGCCUUGGAGCAGCUAGAGCGGAACUGGUCUAUAUCCUCGGAUACAGACAAGCAGGGCACUGCCGUUAUGUAUGUACCGCAGGAGCAGCAGCAGCAACAGCACACGGACGUAGACGUCGACGUGGAGCAGUCGGGCACGACGAGCAAUUGAAAGUAUCAGCUUAGUAUUCAGGGCAGGCCGGCGCGUAUUGUUUUUAUUAUAAAGGGAAUUACAGAUUACGAUUUUAUUACUACUAUUAUUUGUUAUUUUUAUAUAUACCUAUAUAUAUGUAUAUGUAUGUAUUUGAAAUAAUAUUUAUGUAUGUAUGUACCAUAAACGAUGUUGAACCAGGCUUCCAGGCAAGAUAAUUCGAUGACAUAGGAAACACGCUCCACACAAGGGUGGGUCGACUCGAAUGAAUAAGGCAAAACCAAAAAAAAACCGCAGAAACAAAAUCCAUGGUCAUUUGUCGGCAAUCUGGGUCUUAGAAACUAUAUAACAUUAAUUGUGUUUUUGAUAACGUAGAAUGCCAAAAAGCGUAUCCGGAAAAUGUAGAAAGCAAUUGACCGUUCAAAACGUUUAUUCUUUGCCUACCAAAAAUAUGUUAAACCCUAUAGUUUCUUUGGCAAACACACUGACCUUAUUUUCCGGAGCCACGAUUAUUAAAACACCGAUCCACCUUACCACACACACAUUUGAAUAAACGCUGCUAACGAGCUUACAAAAAUCAAAGCAUUCGCUUAGCAAAACUCUGGAAUGAGCUCGAAUGGAAUUCGCAGCUCCCAAAAACUAGACGCGAUUCGAAUACAAAAAUCAAGAUACGAUCAGUUUUCAAAAAUCUUCGGGGUGCCACAACGAAGAUGAUUUUUUCUAGGACUAUAUAAAAUUUGAUAAAUUAGUCAUGCCGCGACAAGAACGAAACC